GCCAAUCUGAAUAACAGAGCACCCCACACCAUGGUACACUCACUUGUCGGUGAGAAUGCUGUGCCGCUAGGUGCCGACUGAUCGGCCUCGUGCAGGAAAACUGGAGAGCAGCGGAUGGAAUAGGCAGGAUUCGCCCAAUAGAAGUCAUUUCCUUCGACAGAUGCAAAUAUUCGACAAUGAGCAGACAGUCUGAUGCAAAAACUGUUUUCAGAGCAGGUGUCGAGAAGAGGAAAACCGUUAAGAGAAAAAGAAUUGGAGAAAAUGUUGAACUUCCAGAACUCGCCAUGAAUGCACGAUCUGACAGUUGUCCAUCAUACUGUCUUCGGCGUUCCAGAAUCUGAAGCCCACUUCUCGCGGGGAGCCUAUUUCGGACAAGAGCCAAUUCCUUUCACGACAGCUCGAAACGGCGCGAGACCUCCGGACUCGGAGUCUUGUGAUCUUCUUCUCGUCUGCAGUUCUCCGACCAAUAUGACACUUUCACAUGAAAGACCGAGAUAUGAGGACCCUGCUGGUGAAUAUAUAAGACGUAUAGCUCAGAUCAAUGCAACAUCGCCUCCUCCGUUUGAAUCAUCAGAAGAGAAGAAGAAGAAGCAGCAGUAGCAGAGCAGGAGAAACAGAUUCUUCAGAAUAGCAGUGAUGGCUUCGAGCUCGACAGCAGUUUUGUUCCUUCUGCUUGCCACUGCCGGCAUAGCAAGCGCUGCUCUAUCACGGGAGAGACAGUUUUUGGAUCCUCACAACAAAGCUCGUAAGGCUGUCAAAGUCCCCAACUUGUCAUGGGACCCGAAUCUGGCGAAGUACGCGCAGAAUUGGGCCAACAAGCAAGCCCGUAACAACUGUCAGCUGAAGACCUCCAAUGGCCCAUACGGUGAGAACAUGUACUGGACCAGCUGGAGCAGCACUCCCUUGGAAGCAGUAAAGGCCUUUGUCAGCGAGAAGAAGUUCUACAACCACGCAUCCAACACCUGCACAGCAAAGACAAAGACUUCGUGUCUGAUGUACACUCAGGUUGUCUGGAAGAAAACGACGAAGCUCGGUUGUGCAUCUUCCAGGUGUCCCAGGGGAGGAACAAUCACCGUGUGCAGCUACAAUCCUCGAGGAAAUUUCAUUGGCCAGAGGCCAUACUAGAUCACGUUGAGCAGAUUAGCAACACUAGCGCCCAGGUAGCACACGCACUCGAGAAGGGAACCGCGAAAGAGCCUCCUUGUCAAGGAAUGAACCAUGACAGGGCCAAGUCUGUUCCAUCCUGUUCGUUUUUGGCUGAUUUGUGGUGUUUCGGACAAUGUGUUUCACUUUCACGUACCUACUAAUUAAUUGACAGAACUAGUGAACGUAGUCGUAGUGAAUAAACAUCACUCACUUUCUAGAAAAGUGCAGGCACUUAGCCCAGGUGCUAAAACUCUACAUAAUCGCCAGCUUUACUCAGCCAGGCAGCCGUCCUCCUUAUCGCGUUCCGCUGCCCCGGAAGUUCUUAGUGUCUCUCUCGGCUGGGCUGAUUGGUGGUAUUCGCAACUCCAUUGUUUAAAAUGGACAUUUGUUCUUGGUGUAAUAAACCCGACUGG